AUGGAAGAUAAUUUUAGACCUUCAGUUGAGCAUCAGCUUCGAUUAAAUCCGAAUAUGAAAGAAGUUGUGCAAGCUGAAGUAUUAAAGUUAUUAGAUGUUGGAAUAAUUUACCCGAUUUCAUAUAGUAGUUGGGUGAGCCCAGUUCAAGUCAUACCCCAAAAAGGGGGUAUUACAGUGGUGACAAAUGAUAAGAAUGAGUUGAUCCCGAAAAGAACAACUACAGGAUGGCGCAUGUUGGAAAGACUUGCUGGACAUUCAUAUUAUUGUUUUUUGGAUGGAUAUUAUGGGUAUAAUCAGAUUCCAAUUGCACCUCAAGAUCAGGAAAAGACGACGUUCACAUGCCCAUUCGGCACUUUUGCAUACAGGCGCAUGCCCUUCGGAUUGUAUAACACCCCUGCCACCUUUCAACGUUGCAUGAUGAGCAUCUUUUCAGACAUGGUGGAGCACUUCAUUGAGAAAUGUCAUUUAAUGGUGCAAGAAGGGAUAGUCCUGGGGCAUAAAAUUUCAACUAAAGGCAUAGAGGUUGAUAAGGCAAAAAUUGAUACCAUAGAGAAAUUGCCACCGCCCACUACACUUACUUCUGCACCUAUCAUUGUCGCACCGGAUUGGGACUUGCCUUUUGAGAUUAUGUGUGAUGCUAGUGACUAUGCGGUAAGGGCAGUUUCGGGUCAAAGAAGAAAUAAAUCACUUCAUGUAAUUUAUUAUGCCAGUCGUACUUUGAAUGACGCCCAUCGGAAUUAUACCACCACGGAGAAAGAAUUGUUAGCAGUAAUCUUCUCCUUGGAUAAAUUUCGACCUUACUUGAUUGGAGCGAAGGUGAUAGUGUAUACCGAUCACUUAGCUUUAAAGUAUUUACUUUCGAAGAAGGAUGCAAAACCAAGAUUAAUUCGCCGGGACGACCUGUAUUUGUGGAAACAUGGCCCUGACCAAGUUAUACUGAGAUGUGUGCCUGAGGAAGAGAUGGAAGACAUAUUACGACAUUGCCACACAUUUGCGUGUGGGGGGCAUUUUGGUGCCUCCAAAACAGCAGCCAAGGGAAUAAAUUUCAUGGGACCUUUCCCUGAAUCUUGGAAGAACAAGUACAUAUUUGUGGCUGUUGAUUAUGUGUCAAAAUGGGUUGAAGUCGUUGCUCUCCCUACCAAUGAUGCCAAGGGUGUUGUCAAAUUUCUCUGA